ACGCUGCCCGUUCGGUUCCGCUCCACUCUCCGGAGUGGAGUUCCCCCGCCCCGCACGUACUCUCGGUGCUGGCAGUUCGAGUUCAAUCCACAGCGUUAUUUACCAACCGUUUGGUUUCGAUUUCGGACAUAGUUCCAAACUUCCAAAUUCGCACACGCACCCACGUAGGACGCUGCGGAAGAACAACCGGCUGGAGGAGCCGGAGAUCGAUCGAUGGGGGCGGACGAUGGUCGCGACGACGACGGCUGGCAGUGCCGGCCGCUGGGGCUCCUGAUCGGCCUGCCGUUCGCCGGCCUCGCGCUAGUGCUCUCGCUCGCCGGCGCCGUCGUCUGGAUCCUCGGGUCGGCGCUGAGCUGCGUGUGCCCGUGCUGCGUGUGCUGCGCGGCGGCGGCGAACCUGGCGGUGGGCCUCGUCCAGAUGCCCGUCAAGGUCAUCCGCUGGUUCAUCAGGCAGAUCCCCUGCUAGGCUGCUCAAUUGUCCUUCUGGAGUAGGAAAUGUUGUUAUCUUGUUUUCAGUUUUAUGCAUGCUUGCUGAACGAGAGGCCAGAAAUAUGAUAUGAUCGUGUUUCUGCUUGCCACGUCUCACAACUUCAUAUGUAUCUGCCUUGAACAUGUUCUUUCUCGAGACAGUUUAGGACGAUGCUUUUCUUGACCCUGACACAACUUCAUAUGUAUCUACCUUGAAAAAUCGAUGACUAUGUUCUGUAGAUAUGAAUCUGGAUGGU